CACUGAUUGGUCAGUUGUGAAAAUCACAUGGUCAAGGGUGAAAGCCGUGAAUGAGAGAAGAUGGCACCUCCACAGCAAGUUGAAGAUGAGGCCUUCGUCACCUUGGCAACCAGCGACACGUACGCCCUGGGCAGUCUGGUGUGGGGGCAGUCUCUACGCAGAGUGGGCACCACGCGGAAGCUCGUAGUGAUGAUAACUCCUGGUGUUUCACACGGCAUACGACAGCAGCUAGGGUCAGUCUUUGACCUGUUAGAGGUAGUGGACGUACUGGACAGCAGAGACACCAUUAACCUUGGUCUCCUGGAGCGUCCAGACCUCGGGGUCACCUUCACCAAGUUUCACGUCUGGAGGCUGACACAGUUCAAGAAAUGUGUGUUCAUGGACUCUGAUACUAUGGUGCUACAAAACAUAGAUGAACUAUUUGAGCGUGAGGAGUUUUCAGCGGCGCCAGACCCUGGCUGGCCAGACUGCUUCAACUCAGGAGUGUUUGUACUGCAGCCCUCUCUACAGACAUACCAGAACUUACUGGCCUUUGCCAUGACAGUAGGGAGUUUUGACGGUGGAGAUCAGGGCUUACUCAAUCUAUACUUUAAAGACUGGGCGUACACAGACAUCCAAAAACAUCUUCCCUUUAUCUACAAUGUUGUAUCCCAGGCAUUUUAUAGUUACCUGCCUGCGUUGAAACAAUUUGGUGCCAAUAUCAAAGUGGUCCACUUCAUCGGCCCAGUGAAGCCAUGGAUGCACAAAUACAACACUGCUACAGGAGAGGUGAUCCCUGAACCCGGGACAGGGCACCAUGGUACCUUCCUCCAGCAGUGGUGGAACAUCUUCAUGGAGUUGGUCCAGCCCAAGAUGGACCCUACUUAUCUGGUGACACUGGUUUACUGGCCUCCCAGCCCCCCCUCGGCACCCUGGGAACCAAGUGGUCCCUCUCCCCUUCCUCCUCCUCCUCCUCCUCCUCAGCACCAUCAUCAACCCCAACAAGAACAGUACCAGAUGUUUUCUCCCUUCAGCCCUCCGCAGGUUGAAACUUUCUACCAUCCUCCUGCUCCUCAGCCCAGUGAGCAGCCAGAACACGUGGUUCCGCACCAGGAACCAAGAACAUUCCACCAUUAUGAGUCGUUUUAUUCUGAGCCGCCAAUGUCACAGUUCAACUACGAAGCUCCGCCGAGGCAGGAGUAUACGGCUAAUGACUUUCAGAAAGAUUUCUCGCCUGAAAAUGGGGUGGAGAGAAAACCAGCUUGUGAUGAUAAUGUAGAAUUGCCUUUGCUCAAACAGGAACAGGAGGACCAUGGGGCCUCCCAGGGCGCCAGCGAGGUCGCUGACACGGAUUAUGCCUCAGCAGACUCUAAGUCUCUGGGAGAUAUUUGCGAUGGCGAAACCACAGACACUGUAGAUAAGAAUUACUCUGAAAACGAGUCUAAUGCAGAGACGUAUCACACAGCAGAGAAUGGGGACGGUGACGAUGAUGAUGAAUCAGAAAUUGCUCAAGAUGAAGAAGAGAUUGAAACAGAAUCAGAGACGGAUUCUUACUAUUCUGAUAUUGACUCGGGGCGAUACAGCCCCGUAGACCAUACGAUCGAUUUGCUUGGCAAUGGGAAGGAAGAUGAAGAGAUAGAGGAGGAGGAAGAAGAAGAGGGGGAGGAGGGAGAAAAAGGAGGAGUGGAAAUUCUUAAAAAGAGAGAAAAGAGUGAGAUGCUUCAUUUCUCUUCACAGGAAACAGAGGAGGUACUUUUUAAUCAUUGGCCAUUACAAGUCAGGUGGCUGGCUUCUCGGCUUCUGAUUGGCUGUUGUAUAUCAUGUGACUGGUUUAUGAUUGGCUGAGUGGGGCUUUAUGGCUGCAUCA